GUAAUAUAUUCCAAUCAGAUUGAUAUUUUGAGUGGCUUGUUUGUUAAUCUAUCACAGCAGGGAUGCUGUAAACUGAGCCAGUUGCUGCCUGUGUUAUCAUUUGUUCCAUAUGCAGCAGUGAUGCUGAUAUGAAGAGAACAGUCACAAAUAGGAAGGAUAAAACUGGAUGAAUAACUGGGAUGUGAGAGAUGGGAACACUUAGUUGGAUGAAAACAAGGAGUGAACGGGAAACAGAGAAUGAAGGAAAGAGGGUAGGAUGAUGACAGCCCCUGGCUCCACUCCAUUGCUGACGAAAGCUGCUUAGAUUUUCAGUUGCCAUGGUGACCAGCUGGAGCAGCCAGAGGAGAGGAGCAGAGAGAAAGAGAGGGAGGGCGGAGGCUAGGGAGGGAGGAACAGCAGAGAGAGAGAGAAAGAGGGAGUGCUUAAAAAAGAGCAAUAGACAGAGGGAGGGAACGAGAGUGGAGACGGAGAUAGAUACACAUUGCUAGCAAAAAUAUAAAGAGAAAAGGUAUUUUAUUUAUUCUCAUUAGAGUUGUAUUUCAUUCAUCUGAGCGUGAGAUUACAAAGAGGGGAAGUGUGAAGGUAGACUGAGACAUCAAGACGAAGGUGAAGAGACACUGCAGUGGAGCUGGAAUAUGGAUGCACAGUCUGAGAGCUGUGAACCACCGCCAUGUGACCCUCUGCCUCCAGGUAAAAUCAGAAAAGCCUUCAAACUAUUCAGCAAGCGGAAACCUGGGAGCAGCGUCGCUAGCAUCUUCUCCAUACGUGGGAAAGGAGAUGAAGGCCCUAAAUCACCACUAUCAAUGAGCAAAACCCUGGAUGGGUUAAAUGAACCUACUGCCCCAGAAGCAGAGGCAGAGCAGGUGGAUCUUGAUCAGGAGGAUGUGAGUCAACAGGACGAUGCUCCAAUUGAGGAGUUCACAGGUGGGAACAUGAAUUCAGAAACUACUCCUACGCGGCACUCCAUCUCUUCCCUCACCUCAGCUAAGUCUCUGAGCUUCCUCAAUAUGCUUCGCAAAGGCAGACGGGGACUGAUGGGAGAACGGCAGACUCAGACUGAGUCUCAGAGGUCCGGGCGGCAACGGAAGGGCCUAAAGGAAUUGUUUGGUACAGUGCGCUGGCGUGGUAAAGAGAAAGAGGAUGAGGAGGAGGGUGAACCUGGCCCUCCCCUUCUUGCUUCCCGCUCCAACAGCUUUGAGAUUAUAAAGGAGAGUCUCACACUGACACCUGGGCCUCCACCUCGCUCUGUGGAGGAGACAGAGGAAAAGCCUCAGCUUCUUACACCACAAGAAGGCCCUACGUCAUCUGUGGACUCUGCAAAGGUGAGCGGGUCAACCAAACCUCCAGCAAAUGAACGCUUGAGCACACUGCUUGGAGAUAUCUCAUCAAUUUUAAGCUUUGAUUCACUAACAGCAUGUGGAGAUAUUGUAGCAGACGUCGAGGCAGAAUGGGUCAAAGCUAGCAGUCGAAUGGAGGGAGCACCUAGCACAUUGAGAGUGGAUAAUUCUGAGAAGACUUCAUCUUCUACGACUUCUACCAGAUCAAAGCCUAGCCCUUCUCCUACUCUAAGCCCAACCAUCUCCUUCAAACCCAACCUUACUUUAGCAACCAAACCCACCCCUUCACCUACCACCACCAAACCUAUUCCCAGCCCUUUGACAAAACCUCCAGUUACCGCAACAUCCUCUCCAGUGACCAAAAUGUCACCAUCUAUGCUUACUGACCCUAUUAUCCCUACUCCAACGUCCAGCCCUUUCACCAAACCCACCCCUACACCAUCAGCUAUGCCUAAAACCCAACCUACCCCAACACCAACACCUAUCCCAAUUCCUCAAACCACGGCAACUGCAACAACUACUCCAAUUAUCCAACCUACCCCAACUGCUACAUCUUUCUCCAUUACACAGCCUACCCCAAUCCCUAUAUCAAGCCCCCAAACCAAAUCUACCACUUCCCCAGCUAAACCUACCCUGUCCCCGAAAUCUAGCCCUGAAAUCAAACCAGACACAAUAUCUAGCUCCACAACUGCCCCAAUGGCCAGACAUAUUCCAUCCUCUACACCUAUUCCUCCAUCCAUCUCAGCCCCUACUUCCGAAACAUCCCCCUCACCCACAAUUAGUUCUAUCCCUGAACUUCCUGCUGUUACUAAAACUGAACCUGUCCCAACCCCUGUAACUAAACCUACCCAAGCCCCAACCCCUGCUACAAAACCCACUCCAAUCGUUACCCAUGAAUCCAAACAUACUGUGUCUACCUCUGCAGCCAAAUACAUCCCUUAUCCACCACCUUUUGGUAAACCUACCCCUGCCCCUGCACCAACACCAAGACCAAAACUUGUAACAACAUUUGGAUUGUCGACAAGCCGAAACACUGCUCCUAUUGCUAAGCUUGAGAUAAAACAACCCACAGGACAAACUUUAAAAUCUAGCACCCAAACUGGCCCAACAUCUGUAAGGAAAGCCUCCAUCUCUGAACCGACUGUUCCUAUUGCUAAAUCUCCAUCUGCUGUUGCUCCUAUUCUUACCUCUUCCUCUGUCACCAAAAAAUCACCCACAGUUACCUCUGCACCUCAAGUUCCUGUCCUGAAGUCUCCUCCUGGUAUUUCUCCAUCAUUCAUUUCUUCAAAAAGAGCGGAUGAUGACACCAGGAUAGAUUUAAGGGAGGACCUAGUAAGACAAGAAGGAAUUGACGAUAGAGACUUAGUGGCUACUCAAGGCAUCAGCAAGGCAGUGAAAAGGGGCCCCGCAGCGAAGCCUACAACUCUGAGUAAGAUCCCUGUUAGCGGUGGAGGUAGACCUCCUAAGCUGCAUCAUCGAGAUUCCCAGCCCAAUGGAGAUGAAGACCACUCAAAUCUACCAACACCAGUACAUGAAGAGGAGAGCCCAUUCACUCUCUCACGGGAAAGCAGCAGCAAGGAGGCCCUCAGUGAUGUCUCCACAGAAUCGGGGGCUGUCACCCCAACCCUCUCCCACAGCCAAGAUGACGUUCUUGAUGGAAAACUUGGUCUCCAGAGAUCAUCACGUCCUGUAGCUGGUGCCACAAGCUUAACCCGGGAAUCCAAGAUUCCAAUCAAACACGGAUCUACUGCAACCUACCAUUCUGUACAGGGUAGGGCAGAAGCCACACGUUCAAAGAUACCGGUGUCCAAAAUGCCUGUUCGUCGGACCAGCAAUAAGCCUGCACCAACAGCUACAGAUGCCGUCACACGAAAAUAACUGAAAUAAUAAUUCUGUCUAUGACAAAGUCCUGAAACAUUCCACUGGCAACAGUUUUCUCAAGAUUUACUUUUUGAUAUUUGAUCAGGCAUCACUGCGCCUUUUUGCAGCAAAAAAUCUUUACAGGAACAACUGGAUUUUUAUCGUUAUUUGAACUAAUUUACACACUGGUGUCAACCACACAAUUCUUUUAUCAGCUGGGUGUUUUUAUUCAUAUCACUCUUGAACAGACUGAUGCUGUGGAUUCAACUCUGUGUGCAACCAGGAACAGACAGCACACCCAAUGGCCCUGUCUAAGUGAUCUCCAUGGCAACUAAACGUGCAAAUUAAAUGGCAGGCACUAAAGCACAAGAGCCGUCACCUGGAAUCCAAAGCCAUGUAGACCUUCUCUGAAGAAACAAGCAAUGUAUCCGUCUAUUAUCUCCAGCAUUGUAAUAGUCCAUAAUGGUAUUUUGUGGUAAUUAAAAGCUUCAGAGAAGAAACAAGCAAUCCAACACAGAGUCUUGUGGUUUUCACCCAGGUCUACAACACCAGAGGAGCCCAGUAUCAUCACAAAGGUGCUUUUUUCUUAUCAUCCUGCCUGCAACAGAGAAAAAAAAAGUGUUACAGAGCAAUGGAGGGAUCUUUGUAGACUUUGUUACUUGGCCUUCUUUUUUUAGAAUUUUUUGUCUGGUGUCUUUUCCAAUUUUUUAUUUUUUUUUCAAGUGUACUUCGUGGAUCAAUGUUAGUCUUUUUCGAACUCCCUAAUGUUGUAUGCAAACAAAUCUCUUACCUGUACAGAUCAUGCCAAGACAGGAUAUUCCACAGUAUCUUUUGAAUGUAUGUAGCAGAACGCAUGCCCUACUUUUUCAACAAGAUGAGCCAUCUCACUCCUUUUCCUCUCCCCACCGAUGUCCUUUUCUGAGUUUUUUUUUUUUUAAACACUGUGUUAAUUCACACAGUGCCUGUCAGCUGUAACAAAUGUGUAACAUGUCAUCAUGAAACCAUGAGGCAUAUGGAUCUCUGGAACUCUGGAAUUUUUUUUCUGCCUGCACUGAACAUUAUGUGAGGCUGCGUUAAAGAAGGCUAAAGACAGUAGAGGUGAUGUUUCACAGGCAGGUGUUAUAGGUAAGCUAAGACUUUCAUGGAUGACAGUGGUGUUAUUUGGAUGGAUUAUUUUUUAUUUUUUUAUUAUUAUUAUUUUUAAGUUGCCAUCACAUGUACAUGUUUAAUAGAGGACUAUUUUUGUGUGUAUGAGUGUGUGUGUAUAUGAAUGAGUGGGUGUGAUUAUCUUAAAUGUCACAAUGUUUCCUAUUUAAUCAAUAAAAUGUAAUUAUACCUAGAAUGGUUUCAAUGUCAUGCAGGGUGCUAAUGGUAUGGCAAUGGAUUGCAUAGGACAGAAUUAGGUUGUAAGAGAUUGGCUGUGCCGUACAUUGUCCUCUGUAGUGACAUUAUGUAACUGUGUUACUCUUUGGUUCGAGAAGUGGAACCCUACAGAGCUUUCCACUAUAAAGACCAAGCCUCCCACCACUGCUAGCCCCCACCCCCAGGUUCCUCUGCAGUGCCAUGCUGUUGGGCUGAAAAACCCACUGACCUAAAUAGCAAACCUCAUGAAUGUCAGUAAUGCCUGGUCAGUGAGCUGUAAGCUAAGAUACUAUAGAAUUCCGGCCACACAACCAUACAGCUUCUGCAUGCAAAUGAAACAUUUCUAAUGGGUUAUGUGUAUAAUUGGAAUGCGGACACAGAUAUUUGCAUGCAGGAGUCUCUGGAUCAUCAUCAACCUUUAUAAAAUAUAACUGAGUGAAUGAAUGAAGGCUAAAAUAGGGGAACAGUGGUGCACAGAGAGAGAAUAAGAUAGAGAGGGAUUGUAGUAGAGAUGGACAUUGAGAACAAGAAAGGGGAGGACAGAAAAAAGACAGCCUUUUCAGUUCCAUCACAGCGGGGUUUUUUGUUGGUGGUGACAUAGCAAGAAAUGCUAAAAGCAGUGCACAAUGAUCUCGCUUUCUCACGUUCCUCCAUUUUCAGCAUGUUUUACAUAUAGUAUACUAACAAUACAGCCAUUUUAACUCCUAGCAUUGUAUUCAAGUUAACAGUAAAUGAUGCUUAUAGGGACAGAGAUUUAGGCAAUGUUAUCCAUCACGGGAUGAACGAAGGUAGAGGGGGUUGCAGUUUUCCCAUAAGGAAUAAGAAAAACAAAGCAUGGAUAUUUAUAGACAAAACUCCUCAUAGAGACAGUACAAACAAGGCUCUGUUGUCCAAAUCAGAGCCCAGGGCAGUGGGACUGUUUAACUUGAAAACACGAGGACUUCUCCACUUCACAGGGUGAUUAGCCAAAGAGCAGCUCACUGUUAAUGGAAACCAUCCCUUGCUUAUGGAUCUGCCACCCCCCUGGGGUCUGAAGAUCAUAAAAGCUCUACGCAUUAACUCGUUUGCUGCAUGUGCUGCAUCAAACACUGCCAAAUGGUCUGACUGUGAAAAUGAAUAAUGAUGAUGAUCACAUAGCCUUAAUUACAAAAUUUGAAGUGAAUCUUCAAAGCCUAAAAAUGUCAAAUGCAGCCUGCAGUCUGAUCUAGGGUGGCAAAAAAAUGAAUAAGAUUGAACAGUGCAGGGAGACGUGCAAAAGAUAAAUCCUGCAUGAGGGUCCUAUUUUGAGCCCUAGUUACACAGCAUUGUCUAAAUCGAAUGGAAUAAAUGCCGGCAUGCUAAUGUAGCCAAGCAAG